UUUACAGUCAAAACCUAAAAUUUGAGCAUUCAAAAUUGUUUUUACAUAUUUUAUUUGAAACUUUUGGUGCAAACUUAUUUUUUUGGCCAUGUCUCGUCAGUUGUUGGGCAUCUCAAAAUUGUAUGGUGAGCGCCUGUUAUUGAGCAGCAGGCCGCGCCUGAGCUACUGUGAACGUAGCUCAGCUGCGAUCGCAUCAACCACAAGCUGCUUACGCAGAUAUUUUGCCUUAUUAACAAACCAAAGUCGCUGCGGAACACUCCCGGAUCGAUACCCACGCAGCCGCAUGUCCAACGAUAAUAAGAUGACUGCGAGGCAGCGAACUGCCAGACGACGACUGCAACGUGAACGACUUUUGUCAAUUCCACCCAUUGAAAUUCAGAGCCAUUCUAAGAUGUCCGACCAACGUGACGUACUUGCAUCGGGCGACCAUUUUGAGUGCUUGGGAGCUAAACUGCCGCUCGAUGGAAUCAUACAGUCAGACGAGACAUCGGUAGACGGCAUGGCCAUACAAACAGAAGACAAGUCUAGCACAAUUCCUACAUCAGCAGGUGACAAUAGCGGUGGAAGUCGCAGUGGCCGAGGCAGUUUAGGUGUCUUUGGCGGUAGCAGUAGCGAUGGGACUCGUGCUAACAGCACUCCCGCCAAAUCUGGGUCCACGGAACGUACUAUAACUUUGAUGCCCGGCGAUGGCAUCGGACCGGAGAUUUCAGCGGCGGUGCUCGCUGUAUUAAAGGCCGCUGGAGCACCAUUGAAAUUCGAGACAGUCGAUGUGACGCCCACAAUUGAUAAAGAUGGCAAGCAGUCAAUACCGCAAGAAGUUGUUGACAGCAUGCAGCGCACCAAGCUGGGACUUAAGGGUCCACUAAUGACUCCCGUUGGCAAAGGCUUUCGUUCCUUGAAUCUAAUCUUACGUGUGCUAUUCAACCUGUACGCAAAUGUGAGGCCGUGCCGAUCCCUAGAAGGCGUCGAAACUGUGUAUGGCAAGGUGGAUGUAAUAACCAUUCGCGAGAACACAGAGGGCGAGUAUUCGGGCAUUGAGCAUCAGCUGGUCCAUGGCGUGGUCCAGAGCAUCAAGUUGAUAACGCGACCCGCCUCAACACGCGUCGCUGACUAUUGUUUCAGAUAUGCGCUGGCUAUGAAACGCAAGAAGAUCACCGCAGUUCACAAACGUUCAAGCAUGCGUAUGUCGGACGGACUGUUCAUCAAUUGCGUGCGCGAGGUGUAUGAAAAGUACAAGGAUCAGUUAAUUAAGCAUGGCAUUGAGUACGAGGAGGCGCCCAUCAGCAAGGUGUGUCUCAAGAUCGUGGACGAUCCGACUCAGUUUGAUGUGCUAGUUAUGCCCAACCUGUAUGGUGAUAUCAUGUCGGAUACUUGCGCUGGUUUGAUUGGAGGCCUCGGACUAACGCCAUCUGGCAACAUUGGCCUUAAUGGCGCCAUCUUUGAGGCUGUCCAUGGUACAGCGCCGACUAUCGCUGGCAAGGAUCUGGCCAAUCCAACAGCCUUGCUGCUCUCUGCCGUCAUGUUGCUACGCUAUAUUGACAUGAGCAACUAUGCCGACAGGAUAGAGCGUGCGGUCAUCAAGACCAUCAAGGACGACAAGGUGCGUACCAUAGACCUAGGUGGCAAAGCCAAAUGCUCUGAGUACACCCAAGCGCUCAUCAAGAAUGUAGAAUCAUUAAAGUGACAAUGGCAAAAUGAAGAUAAAUUGGGCACUUUAUAUGUGCCUAUAUACUUUUUUAUGUCAACUAUUUUGCUACAAGUUGAUAUGUCUUUGAAACGUUUCGCGUUUUUGAUCACGAUUCAUAAACUUGACAUAAAUUAUCUUUGGAAUAUAAGAAUUUAGGUAUAAGUUUCGAUGACGCGACUAUUUCAUUGUAGACCGCUUUGAAAUGAAAUUACAAUUUAAAUAUAAUGAAAAUUUGCUCACCGGACGCUUUUAUUUCAAUCACAAUAUCAAAGUUCAUCAGCAGCUUUAUCAGACCAAAGCAUGCAAGCACAACCAAUACCAAACAAGCGAACAUCACAGGAAAACCGACCGACACUCGACAGUCAAAGCGAGACAGAGAGAGUAGGAGAUGAGAGACUGCAGCUGAGAGGGCCAGAGGUGCCAGGUGCCCCUAAUCCAGACCCAGUUUAGCCAGCCAGCCAGCCAGUCUAACCAGUGCCAAAGUCAAAGUCAGCGCCAGAGUCAGUCAGUCUCUGCGGGCCCGAAAGCGAGAGCCAAACGCAAGUCAUCAACCGCACUGGGUAGCCCUUUCCAACUUCAACUUCAAUCCCUGCCCCUAUCCAUGGCAUGGCCCCUAUGCGCAGCUCCCUUUGCUCUAGGGGCCGGCUUACGUUGCAUUUUUACAUGCAUGCUUGGACCAUUUCCACUUCAAAACUGGCUGCGUUUAAAAGCACCGACCAAAACUCUAAACAAACCCAGCUACUAGCCAACAGCGAAAGAGCGAGAUGAAGAGAGAGAGAGAAAGAGAGAUGGAGCCGUGCCUUUUGGACUGGGUGCAACCGAGCGGAGCAGGAAGAAAAUGCCACAGAGCCAACUAAAAAGCCAUAUAAAAAAUUAAAAAGAAAAAGAGAGAUUGACAGAGUGUGAAAGACAGAGAGAGAGAG